AUGUUAAAUUAUAAGGGAAAUUUAUGGGUUCGAAAAAAUUAUGUUUUAGGAAACAGGGCAUAAUACCCUUUGUUUUUGGGCACAGUGGCUGGGACUCUCUUGCUUUACUUAUAUUGUGAUUUUGUUUUACUCUAGAAAUAUUGUGAAAUCCCCAAUUUAAGUAAAGUAAUUGUAACAUUUCAGAUACUAUCAAUAUACUCAAUGUUUAGAGUCAAUAUGACAGAACCUGGAGUAUAAAUGUAAACGAUUUCAGAUGAUAAAUAUUUUGAAGGGAAAUUAUGUGAAAAGUGCAGAGCUAUAAAAAUUGAUCGCUGUUAUCAUUGUAAAUUUUGUGAUCAUUGUGUAAAUGAUUUUGAAGCACAUUGCAGAAGAAAUAUAAAAUAUAUGCUAGGUCUAGUCACAUUUACUGGGAUAGCGUUAUACUUAUUAUUACUCAUUUUGAUUUAUAAAUGUAGAAGUUACUCUAAUUAUAAUAGUAUUUGUAUCAGAUUGCAAGAAAGAAUUAACCUUCAUUAUUUUAAAUAUCGUCAGCCUAGUUUUAACAUUGGUUCACUUAAAUCCUUUUAUAUAUACAACAUGGAGGAAUGCGUCAUAGAAUUGGACAAAAAAAGAAAUGAAUAGAACUAAAUUCAAUGGAUCCCCUUAUUAUAUUUAUAAAAACUAUAAAUAAUUCUUUACUCGUUUUUAUGA